GAGGCCUCAGCAGCAGAGAGAAGUGGCCAGAGAGGCCCAGGGGACAGCCAGGGACAGGCAGACAUGCAGCCAGAGCCCCGAGGCCUGGACAGGGGCUGCCAGGCCCCGUGACGGGAGGACCCCGAGCCCCCGGCCCGGGGAGGGGGCCAUGGUGCUGCCUGCCCGACAUGUCAGCCGAGGUGCGGCUGAGGCGGCUCGAGCAGCUGGUGCUGGACCCCGGCUUCCUGGGGCUGGAGCCCCUGCUCGACCUUCUCCUGGGCGUCCACCAGGAGCUGGGCGCCUCCGACCUGGCCCAGGACAAGUAUGUGGCCGACUUCUUGCAGUGGGUGGAGCCCAUCGCCGAGAGGCUUAAGGAGGCCCGACUGCAGAGGGAUGACUUCGAGAUUCUGAAGGUGAUCGGACGCGGGGCGUUCAGCGAGGUGGCGGUGGUGAAGAUGAAGCAGACGGGCCAGGUGUACGCCAUGAAGAUCAUGAAUAAAUGGGACAUGCUGAAGAGAGGCGAGGUGUCGUGCUUCCGCGAGGAGAGGGAUGUGUUGGUGAACGGGGACCGGCGCUGGAUCACGGAGCUGCACUUCGCUUUCCAGGACGAGAACUACCUGUACCUGGUCAUGGAGUACUACGUGGGCGGGGACCUGCUAACGCUGCUGAGCAAGUUUGGGGAGCGGAUCCCAGCCGAAAUGGCGCGCUUCUACCUGGCCGAGAUUGUCAUGGCCAUAGACUCAGUGCACCGGCUGGGCUAUGUACACAGGGACAUCAAACCCGACAACAUCCUGCUGGACCGCUGUGGCCACAUCCGCUUGGCCGACUUCGGGUCCUGCCUCAAGUUGAGGGCGGACGGAACGGUGCGGUCGCUGGUGGCGGUGGGCACCCCGGACUACUUGUCCCCUGAGAUCCUGCAGGCUGUGGGCGGCGGGCCCGGGCUGGGCAGCUAUGGGCCCGAGUGUGACUGGUGGGCACUGGGAGUGUUCGCCUAUGAAAUGUUCUACGGGCAGACGCCCUUCUACGCCGACUCCACGGCUGAGACCUACGGCAAGAUCGUGCACUACAAGGAGCACCUGUCUCUACCGCUUGCCGACGCAGGGGUCCCUGAGGAGGCCCGAGACCUCAUCCAGCGGCUGCUGUGUCCUCCUGAGACGCGGCUGGGCCGGGACGGAGCAGGUGAUUUCCAGAACCAUCCUUUUUUCUUUGGCCUUGACUGGGACGGUCUCCGAGACAGCGUGCCCCCAUUUACACCGGAUUUCGAGGGUGCCACUGACACGUGCAACUUCGAUGUGGUGGAAGACGGGCUCACUGCCAUGGAGACGCUGUCCGACAUGCGGGAAGGCAUGCCCCUGGGGGUCCACCUGCCAUUUGUGGGCUACUCCUACUCCUGCAUGGCCCUCAGGGACGAGGAGGUCCCAGGCCCCACGGCCAUGGAACUGGAGGCCGAGCCAUUGCCUGAGCCACCUGUGCGGGCGCCCAGCCCAGAGCCCACGGUGCCGCCACCAGAGGAAACAGCCGAAGCGGCAGCUCCGGAGGCCGUUCCCGCGGCGGCGGCGGCGGCGGCGGUGGCGGCGGAGGCCCAGGUGACGCUGCGGGAGCUCCAGGAGGCCCUGGAGGAGGAGGUGCUUACACGGCAGAGCCUGAGCCGGGAGCUGGAGGCCAUCCGCACAGCCAACCAGAGCUUUGCCAGUCAGCUCCGUGAGGCCGAGGCCCGGAACCGAGACCUGGAGGCGCGCGUCCGGCAGCUGCAGGAGCGGAUGGAGCUGCUGCAGGCCGGGGGAGAUGCAGCUGUCACGGGGGUCCCCAGUCCCCGGGCCACGGAUGCACCUUCCCAUCUAGAUGGCCCCCCGGCCUGGCUCUGGGCCAAUGCCCGCUGGUGGGGCCAGGCCAUGCACCGCCGCCACCUGCUGCUCCCUGCCAGGGUCCCUCAGCCUGACCUAUCGGAGGCGCGUUCCCUGCUCCUGUUCGCCGUUGCUCUGGCUGCUGCCGCCGCCUUGGGCUGCACUGGGUUGGUGGCCUGCGCCCACCAUCUCGCCCCGGUCUGGCGCCACCCGGGAGCCGCCUUCGCCCCCUGAACCCUAGGACCCCAAGCUGGAGGGUUGGGUGACCUGGGCACGGCGCAGAAGCCAUUCCUACCGCCUCCCCGUUCACACCGCCUCCCAGCGUGGGUCUCCGCCCGAGCUCCAGCCCUGUGAUCCGGGCCCGCCCCCUGGCGGCCGGGGAGGGAGGAGCAGGGGGCUCCAGGGAGGCUUGUAACCGGGAAUGCUGCAGUUGCUGCUGGGGAGAAUCGCAGACCAACCACCUACUAACUCCGGCCUGGCUGAGGCCCCGCCGUGGAUGGGCAAACUGCGAUCUAGAGGAGACAGCAGGGCCAGGGCUCGGCCAUCAGUUUUUCACCCUCCACGCGCCCCCCGCCUAUCGGCUCGCAGACCACAAAUCCCUGUGCAUGAGGCCCUACUAUCCCGGGAAUGUUCUCUUCCCGCGGCGAACGUCUAGUGCGAGCCCCGCCCGCCUUCUCGAGAACCUUUUGCUUUCGCCAGCCCCGCUUUUUCGGGGACUCGCGCGCCCUCCUCACGUACUUAGCUCUCGGGGCCACAGCAGGCUCCGCCCGCCUCGGCAGUUUGGGUAUUUAUUGACCUGUCCUCCGACCCGCCAAGUUCCAGGACCCCAGCACCCUAAUCCACGUUUUGGAUGCACUGAGACCCCGACAUUCCUCAGUAUUUAUUGUCUCUCUCCACACCUAGGACCCCACCCCCGAUCCUCGCGAAUAAAAGGCCCUCCCGUCUGCCCAA